AUGGAGCACGACGCCGAGGCGCGCCGCGGGUUCGCCAGGAUGGGCUUCGGGUGCAAGCACUACCGGAGGCGGUGCCGGAUCCGCGCGCCCUGCUGCGGCGACGUCUUCCACUGCCGCCAUUGCCACAACGAAUCCACGAAAGACGGGCACGAGCUGGAUCGAUACGCCGUCCAAUCGGUUAUCUGCCUCGUCUGCGACACCGAGCAGCCGAUCGCGCAGGUUUGCUGCAACUGCGGCGUCUGCAUGGGGGAGUACUUCUGCACAACGUGCAAAUUCUUGGACGAUGACGUUGACAAGGAGCAGUUCCAUUGCGACGAUUGCGCCAUCUGCAGAGUUGGAGGAAAGGACAACUUCUUCCACUGCCAAAAGUGUGGAUCCUGCUACUCGACGACCCUGCGCGACAAGCACUGCUGCAUCGAGAACUCGAUGAAGAACAACUGCCCCAUCUGCUACGAGUACAUGUUUGAUUCGCUGAGGGAGACGUCAGUGCUCCGGUGUGGUCACACCAUGCACCUCCAGUGCUUCCACGAGAUGUUGAAGCACGACAAGUUCUCGUGUCCCAUAUGCGCGACGUCCAUCUUUGACAUGGACAAGUUCUUCAAGGCCCUGGACGCAGAGAUGGAGUCAAGCUACUUCUACAUGGGAAAGGGCUGGAUCGUGUGCAACGACUGCAGGGACACGACGCAGGUUUUCUCCGGCGUGGCGGGCCACAAGUGCUGCCACUGCCAGUCCCACAACACCUGCCGGGUGGCUCCCCCUGUCCUCCCGUAG